AGGAAAUGUCUUUAACCUAACCUAUCCGCCACCUUUCCCAUCCCUUUGCCAACCUGACUUGUGAUUAGUUCCUUUGUACUUCUUCCGAGUGAAGUUGUCGCUAGUGAGAAGUUAGACAAGUGUGCGUGCGCAUCGCUUCUCACGUAUUCGCACUCGCCCGCGACGUUUACCCGUCUAGCGACUUGCCUCGCAAAAAUAGAAGUAUCAUUCCUCCUUCUCUUCCGUGUAAUACGAGCCGACACCCCGAUAUAGAGUGCUUUCUCUACGGUGUGCCGACUCUAUUUUUGGCGUUACGUUCUUGCGUCUUUCCUCUUUGAAUUCUCGCAAGGUCCAACUACGCUCUUCGGAUAGUCCCCUCACGUUUUACUCGCGCUUUCUUCCGCCGAGUUUUUUUUCUGCUCUCUUUGCGGCGUAUACAUGAUUCGUUUCGUUGUAGCCGCAGAAUCGAAGAAACGAUAGAAUUAAAAAAAAUUAAUGUUACGAUUGUUAGCCUACGGCGCGAACUUCGGCACUAAUUGUACUUUAAUCGCUGCGUAUAUCGCAAUCGAGAUAUAUCGAAAGAUCGAGAAAAAUAACUCUGUUACACAACGCAUUAUCGCAUUAACUGUAUACAAAGAAAAACGGAGGAACAAUUAGUGAGAUUCCUAAAUGCAUACAUUUUAUUUCCUCGGAUUAGAAAGUAUUAUCGACAAUAAGAUAAAUAAGAUAAAGCGUAAGAUAAUUUUAAGGUUAUCCGCUCCCCUUUCGGGACAAAAUUUCCGAUACGACGCUUCUAAAAGAUACUCUUAACGGAGCAAGCGAGUGUUCCAUGUGUGCGUUGUUCGCCGGUUAUUUUCAGCCAUCUCAGUGAGUGUGUCAAAGGGCAAGGCUAGGCAGCAAGAGGACCGUUCCGGGAGUCCUGCCAGUUGGCUUCCGACUAUGCCACGCGACGGACGGUGUGAUUGCCGGUGACGCCUGUUAAAGCAGCACGCUACGGAAAUUUUUUCUCGCGACGUUGAAACAACCGUGACAUCGAGAUACGUCACAUCGGAACAGUAUAAAAUACAGGUUACGAUACCCUAGCAUCAGUCUUCGGCUUCGAGAGGCGACUCACGCUUCUUCGGUUUUCAUCCUUUCGUUUUGCUGUCAUAAUCUAGCACCAUGAGUGUACCGGAAGGCGUCAUGAAAUGUGUGGCUAUACUGAAGGCGGUAGAUACAGACUCUGAGAAAUUCGCUGCACUGUUCAUGGUCACCAAGCUGGUAGAUGGCAAAGAUUGUACCCCGACUGCUAAGAAGAUGCUCUUUGAAGCCAUUGGGUCGAAAUUUCUCAAGAAGCUGCUGUCUGCCAAUAGUGUACCUGUCGAUUGUCCACCACAGGUGUACAAAUCAGUGGCAUUAUCCGUUCUCUCUGCGUUUUGCCGGGAACCCGAGUUGGCCUCGCAUCCAGACAUGGUGGAACACAUUCCAGUGCUGCUGGACAUUGUAUCUCAGGCCGACGAGGAUGCACCGGAUGACAUGUUGAUCAUCGUCAGCGAGGCUUACACUUGCUUACAAUGCAUUGCGCAACAUCCCCCUGGGCAGAAGGCGUUGCUCGAGCAGAAAGCGAUUCCAAAGAUGUGCGACAUUUACGCGGAGAAAAGCUUCCAAACGGAUGAGGCUUUGAAUAUUCUGGUCACAUUGGUCAGCGAAUGCGGACCUGAUGCUUGGGAUCCAAUGGACACUGCACCUUUCCAUGCAAUAAUCAAUAAGAUAGCGUUGGAUUUUGAGACUGAUCACACAGAAAGAAAAUUCGAGUUGUGUACUAUUCUACAAGCUUUGUUACAAUCUUGUAGGAAGGAUGUGACCUCAAGCGCGAAGGAAGAAUCUUGGCCAUUGAGCAUUCACAAGGGUCUGAGUGAUAUCCUGAGAUCGAAGAUUGGCAAAAACCAACGAGAUCCGGCUUUAAAACUUGCAUCCGUAAUGAUGGAUCUGUUGGGAGCUGAGUGGGCUUUGUCUGAUAAGGAGAAGCCCAAAAUAUUUUUGCUCUUGAUUAUUCAGCUAGCAUCGGUCGAGGUCAGGAUGCAGUUGGAGGGUAAACAGCUGAAGACUGUGCUCACGAAUGCCGACUUGGUCACAGCUUGUUUCAUCAUUCUCGAGAUUUCACUUGGCUACAUUGUCACGGACCAGCUAGAUCUGGAGCAGAAGGAGAAGCAGUCUUUGUACACGGCCUUGAAAGGCGCCUUCGCAGCUGUUAUUGGCCUGCUGAGCGCCGUGUCGAAGAUGAAGACGUUGACGGAUAUGAAGGAGAAGAUUUUCGUUUGCGCCAUUGUUAGAGUACUUGCAGCUUGGCUGGCGCAGGAAACAAGCGCAAUGCGUCCUCAAGUUUACGCAGUGUUACCUUAUGUGUUGACAGUAGCCAACAAUACCUUCUACGCGCACCGGAACAGGAAAUUGGCGGAGAAAGCGAAAGCUAAGGCUAAAGCGGAUGAAGGAACGUCAUCCGGAGAACCGGUCGUUCACGAUCCGAUGAGCGAGAUCGACAUAUUGCGAUUAUUGCUGCCUGCUCUUUGCUACUUGGCCGUGGAAGAGGAAGCACGAAAGAUCCUUCUCCAGCACAAGCAAGAUGAAAUCUUGUUCGAGUGCCUAUCCUAUCAUUGGACUAUUGUGCACUACAAGAAACCGCCGGUACCAAGAUCGGAGCGCCUGAAAGUCCUGCAAGACGGCAACCGUACGGAGGAACUGGAUUUACAUCUUCUAGAAGAAAUGAAGGAGUCCAGAACUGCAAUGGUUUCUCUCUGCAACGUACUGAUGAAUAUUACCGUGCUGGAGGCGAAGCUGGUGGAGGAAUCGCCGACGUUUGUCUCGCUGCUGAAGUUCAUCUACAAUAAUCUACCAGAGCUAAAACAAAUCCCGGAGAAUUUAGUACUGCAUGGUCAUCUUGCUGUCUUGGGUUUGCUGUUGAUGAAGCAGCAGGCAAAGCGCAUUAAGAAGACAGAUUUCUCGAUAUGCCGUUACAUCCAGGCCACCAUAAGAUUCCUGUGGGACGCAUACAUCAUCGACGAGAGCAAUGAUCCUACCGAACUAGUCGUUUCCAUAUCUUACAAGGAGCACUGGAUGGAACUGAUGGAGCUUUGGUUCCUGGGCAUGCAGACGAUGGCCGGCGUGCUGCAAGUGAUACCCUGGCUGUCACAAUUCACGAUAGAGUCCGGCUGGGCGGAGGAGAUCAUCGAGACGUUGAAGCGAGUGAAGAUCGGCGGUUUACAGCCGAACGUCAAGUCCGCCUUUGAGGAUUUACUGUGUCACUUGGUCAAAGCUGACGACAGCGUGGCAUCGGUGUUGAAGAAAUGUGGCGCGUUAACCGUUUGUCGAAAUCAUCGUAUGAUGGAACUUGGGAAGAGUCUCUUUGGAGAUUAGGAAUAAGGAUAUUGCGAGCGUUUUGAGAGUGUUACAUGCAGCUUUCGGCUUUUCGCUAGUCAAAGCAGAUUCGCGUGCUGAUAUUAUUGUAUUCUACUGUUGUUAUUAUUCAUUUUGUAUUGCGCAAACGAUGUAAAAACGAUCUAAAAUAUAAAAUUCUUUAUGGGAGCAGCAGCGAAUUAACCAUAAUAUAUAACUGAUUAAAAGUUUUCUUCUUUGAAAAGAGUCGCUUUGUAAGUAGCUUACUAUUUUCUGUGACUCGAAUUAUUAUUGUAUGCGUCUUCUGCAUAGGAUAUAUGAAAUACAUAUGCGCACGUAGUCCAGUAUAAAUUUAGACGGCAUCACGUCUGGAAAUAGUUUCCUGGCAAGCAGGAAAGCGCUAAGAAGCGUUUCGCUUGGAGGAACACUUCGUAACACUUGAAGGUACAUUUUUAUAAAUGAGGCUUUAUAUACAAAUACACUUUGUUUCUCUACGAGCUGUAAUCAACUAUGCUUUUUCUACUUCGCUAUACUGCGUAAAUAAGAAUCAUUGUAUUGAAGUUACUGUGAUUUCACGAUGCUUUGACGAGGACUUUGUAACAUGAGAGAAACACUUCCCCAUUAAAUGAAAGAAUUUUUUAA